UCGCGUAUCCAGAUCACAUCCGACCCUUCCACAGUUUCCUCUAAGAACUCUGAAAGCACACUUAGGUUCGAAGAAGCCGCCAGCCUGACCACAUCGCUCCAGCGCCGCCCUGUUGUACCUACCAUGUCUUUAUCCGGUCGCCGUGCUCUUGUGACGGGUGGCAGCAGCGGAAUCGGCGAAGGAGUCUGCCGCGCCCUCGCCGAAGAAGGUGCCCAAGUGAUUGUGGCUAGUACGGGGCUUGAACGCGCUACUAACGUGGCUCAAUCCCUGCCAGGGAGCCAGGGUCACCAAGCUUUUUGCGUUGACGUUGCCAAUGCCGAUUCAGUAGCUGCUUUGUUCGAAAACAUUAGGAAGUCGAGCUCUACUCCGCUCAGCAUUGUCGUAAACUCCGCAGGAAUUUUGAAAAAGGGGGAUUUGGUCGAUUUCAAGCCCGAAGAGUUCGACGAUCUCAUCAACGUCAACGUUAGGGGCACUUUCUUGGUGAAUCAGGCGGCAGCCCGCGACAUGGUGGCGAGCGGGGUAAAGGAUGCUGUCAUAGUAAACGUGUCAAGUAUCCUGGGCAAGGGGCCGUACCCCGGUUUCUCGGCCUACUCGGCUUCCAAGUUCGCAGUGGUCGGCCUGACCAAGACGGUCGCCCAAGAGCUCGCUCCCAAGGGCAUCCGGUGCAACUGCGUGCUCCCCGGUUUAACGGACACCCCGCUCACGGGACCCCUGGCUGGCCAGUGCAAGACCGACAUCUUGAGCUUGACGGCAUUGAAGAGGACAGCUCGCGUCCCUGAAGUAGCCUCCGUCAUCAAGUUCCUCUGUAGUCCGGAGAACUCGUAUAUGACUGGGGCCGCUGUUGAGGUGGCUGGGGGAAUGCACCUCUGAUCGUCACUUAAGGAUGGUU